UAACAAAAUGUGGAAAAGGUUCAGGGGUCUGAAUACUUUCCAAAUGCACUGUAUGAUGGCUACCAUAAAGAGACGCUGGGGAUAGGUUUUCAAUUUCAUAUCAGGUGAGCGAGAGGUGGAGCCAGAUGACGUUAGCUACCGCGACCGCUAUAAACAGGGGUGUAUUCAUUACACCGAUUCUGUUGCAAAACUUUUCGUAAACGGAAGAAAACGGAACGAGGGCGAGACCUACCUGAAUGUGUCCAAUAGAAACUCUUGUUUUUGUUGCAAAACGCAACUUCUUGGACUAAUGGUUACACCCUGGUGAGGAAGAGGCGGUGUGCUUCUGAACAGACUAUUAGACCAACAAUACGAAAGCCCCCGCGGGAAUAGCCUACAGUCGCUGUCAUGAUCGGCAACUAGAGAAGUCCAGUCCAUUUCAGCGCAGGCCGUUUUUAUAAAGAGACUACUAGUUUUUAGAGAUUUACAUUUGCUAUAUGCCUGUAAGAGUACUGUAGUGCAGGAGAGUACACCGCCAUCUGUUACCUUAGUGCUGCGUAGGCACAAUGAUGAGCUCCGACGCGCUCCGGCCGACACAGAACUCCGGGCGCAAAGCGCUUGGUAAACUCGCCAGCAGGUUAGAAGAAGUGAAGAACCCAUGGCGACAAGGCUCGACGCUCGAACUCAGCCACAACGAGGCGGCCAGGUUGGCAACCGACGCUCUGUUGGAGUCUGGGGAGAAGGAAUACAGACGAGUUCUGACAGAGGAAAGGGAAUUAAAUUUUCUCUCGCCGCUUGAGAUUCAUUAUAUUACGGAGAAUGCAGCCAAGAACUGUAGCUCCGAAAACAGCUCAAAUGGCACCGAGGGUGACAUUGGGGAGGGGGAUACGGUGUCGGAGCUUACCUCGGGGACCUAUUUCCCAAUGAUGUCCGACGAAGAGCCACCUAUUCUGGAACUAGGGUGGCCAGAAAACCCCCAACGAUACGGACCCUCAGAAACACAGAUCUAUUUCCAAAGGGACAAGACUCACAAUGUGAAAGACCUCAUUCGGUCGUUAAUUAAUAAAGCAAAAAGGGUCAUAGCGUUGGUCAUGGACCUCUUCACAGACGUUGAUCUGCUGUGUGACUUGAUGGAGGCCUCGAACAAACGCAAGGUCCCUGUGUACAUUCUCCUGGAUGAGAAGAAUCUCAACUACUUUGUUGACAUGUGUGCAGCACUGGUCAUCCAGAACUCUCACCUGGGUAACAUGAGAAUCCGCAGUGUGUGUGGAGAUACAUACUGCACUAAAAGUGGGAAAAAAUUCACCGGGCAGGUCCAGGAAAAGUUUAUGAUUAUAGACUGUGAGGAAGUCAUUGCUGGGUCAUACAGUUUCAGCUGGCUCUCAGCGCAGGUCCACAGCAACAUGGUGAUGCACUUCUCUGGGCAGAUCACUGAGAGCUUCGACCGAGAAUUCCGCUGCCUGUACGCUGACUCUCAGAUCAUUGACUGUUUCCAUAACCCAGAUGAGGAGGAUGUCUCUUACUACCCCAACCCUGUUACUGCGCCCAACAUGGGGCUAGACUUCUUCCCCGAGAGGUCACGGGAUAGGGAGAGGGUUCUGAGUUCAGAGAACUCCAGCAGCCAAUCCAGUUGCAGCAUGUCCAGCAUCAAGGCAGCACCUGGCAUGACCAAUACGGUUUACAAGGUCACUCAAGGUCAUGACAAGAAAGAGACCAGCAACUCUCACCUGAGCCCUGAGAGGAGAGGAGGGGCACUAACUCCCUCCCUUCAUAAUCAGACUGCCCAAGGCACAAGAGGCUCCCACAAUGGGACCAAUCACAGCCCAGUUACAGAGCACGCUUCCUCUGGGAUCGGCCAAUCGGUUGGGAUAGAGUGGUCCAAGUCCAUCCCCACAGAGUUCCGCCAACCAAACGUUGGCGGAACAACGUCCAAGUUUCAGACUCUUGGUUUAUACGACCAAAAGUCAAGCCUCUUCAACAAUAGCCCCAAGACACAGUCUCCAAUGCCGGACAGCAAACUCCCUGCCAAGCAGAGGACUACCUCCAACCCCGUCCUCAACAAGCUCACCGACCUCUUCCUCCCCCCAACCAAGAAGGACUUCCUCCCCCCAACUGAGAAGGACACCUACAUCUUCAGGAGGUCUCCUCCUCACAGCACAGCCUUUGGGGGGCCAGACCUCUCCCAGACAGAGCCGGAGAGCGAGCAGACUCCCCCGCCACCGCCCCCCAUGAUAAACCGGAAGGACCAGAAACGCAUGACCUUAGGCCACAGCAAACUUGACCUGGUCAACCACUACAACAAGAUGAAGUCCAAACAGGUGUACAGCAGGUUUGAGUUAAAGAAUAACAACUGAGGCUCUGCUGAGAAAGUACUUUACCUCCCCUACCCCCAUCGCACUGGACCUCCAGGAAGCAGAGCACACCUUUUUGCCUUUUGUAGAGAACAUAGCGGAGUGGCAUUUUGUACCUUAAUCCCCCUAUAGGAGUUUAGAGGAGGGUAGAGUACAGCCUGAAUUAACCUGUUUACACUGAGUUGUAGUGAUAGCUUUUUAGCAUUUGCAUGUAGACAUUGAAGCUGUGGCGGUCCUGCCAAUAAGUGACAUGACACAUUUUACUUAGGGUCCCCAAAAUGCUAGGGCCGGCCCUUCAUUCAAUGACUGUGUAUUGUGUUCUUAUUUCUGUGUCUUUCACUAGCCGGUAAGGCUUUAAUGAUAUAAUACUGUAUGAAAUGAGUUGUAAAUGGAGUUUUACUGGGGGUUUUUAAGAUGUGUUUUUACUUUUGAUCACACCUACUCAUUCCAGGGUUGUUCUUUAUUUUUACUAUUUUCUAAUGUACUAUUUUUACUAAUGUAGAAAAUGGUACAAAUAAAGAAAAAAACUUGAAUGAG